AUGGGGGCCAGAGCAUCUAUUUGGUUUGUGCUUCACUGGAUGGUCACCUGCUCAGCUGUCUCUAUGGGAGGAAAGAAGUCUAAACCUGAAGUGGAGCCCCCUUUGCUUGAUAAAGAAUGGCGAGCUGUACCAUGGAAAGCUAAAGCUGAAAAUCUACAGUUUGUGAGGGGUUUUGAGCCUUUUAAGCCUCGUAAUGAUGAGAAGAAUGAAGAUCAGCAUAUUAGAAUUCUGCUUCAUGGACCAACUGGUCACGGCAAGUCCAGUUUUAUCAACACUGUGGAAACUGUCUUACGAAGCAAAAUGACUGACCGAGCUUUGGCGGAUUCAUGUGGUGGAAAGUCCUUCACCAAAAAGUACAAAACAUACAGAAUUACAAAAGAAGAUGGGACCUUUUACCCAUUCGUCUUCAAUGACAUUAUGGGCCUGGAGAAGGACAAAGGAGUUUGUGAGGAGGACAUCAAACUAGCCAUGAUGGGACAUGUCAAAGAUGGUUACACGUUCAAUCCACACUCCACAUUAUCCACAGAUGAUCCAGACUACAACACAAACCCCAGUCUGAGUGACAAAGCACAUGUUCUGGUUUGUGUCGUCUCUGCCAAUAAAGUACAUUUACUGGAUGAUGGUGUUAAGAAGAAGAUGACCACUGUGAUGCGAGAAGCUGGUGAUAUGGGGAUUCCUCAAAUGGUUAUUCUCACCAAAAUUGAUGAAGCCUGUCCUGAGGUCGAUGCAGACGUAAGAAAUGUUUACAAAAGCAAGUUUGUGAAAGAACAGAUGGAGCUUCUGAGUGAAUCACUGGGUAUUCCACUGAACUGCAUCUUUCCUGUGAAGAACUACCACUCAGAAAUCACUCCAAAUGAUGACCUUGAAAUGCUGAUACUGAUGGCACUGAGACAGAUGAUCAACUAUGGAGAAGAUUUUGUGGACAACUUAUAAAUGCACAUGAGACAAACAUUGCUUCAGCGCAUCAUGAAAAGAAAUCAUGUCAAAAAUUGAUAUUGUAGUCACACGCAGUGGGAAAAAUAGAUAUAUGUCUUUUAUUAUACCUGAUAAAUCAAGCAGAAGUGCACUGGUUUUGCGCAAAUCUUUAACUAAACUUGCAAAUGUAAAUACUGAGACAAAUUUUGCUUCAGCUCAACAUGAAAAAGAAUUGCAAAAAAUACAUAAUGUAGUCAUAUGUUGUGGGAAACACAUGUAGGGCUUAGUUUACAGUUACAGUAUUAUACCUGAUAAAGCAAGUAGAAGUGCACUGGUUUAGUGGAGAUCCUGAAUUUAGUUAAAAACUAAUAUUAAAAAGACUCAGUCUGUAAUUCAUAAUAUCACAUACUGCUUUCCAAACUGUUUCUUUUUAACAUUACUUAAAUAUACUUUAGGAUCACCUCUUCUAAAACAUUAAUGUCAGCUGAAAUGAUAAACUGCUAUGAA